AGUUUGAAUUUCCACCCAGGCCCUUCGCGACAGACCCACAGCUGUAGUCAGCAGUAAACCAGGAGGGAAAACGUAGGUCAAUGGAUUCACUACAGCCCGCUCUGCGUGGGCAGGAGCGUGGAUCCGUGUUUAACGUUUAAACCAACCGGGACACUAAAUGUCAUUGUGUUCACAGUUCGCUGUGGUCAUGCGUGUGGGUUUGGUUUGCUCCUCUGUAGGCUGGCGGAUAAUGUAACGGGCUGAAGGCGUUUUUGGAUGCUGCGGGGUGCGCGCUGCGGAUUCACAUCCAGAUGAUCCUCCAUUCAUUUUACCGUUUUUUGGCUCUAACGAGCGCCGUGCCGUUUCGAUCCCGCACCCAGCUGAUCAGAUGAUUCUCAGCUCUGUUCACAGUGAGUCCGUGUGUCAAGCCUCUCCUGAGGAAGAACCGAUUCUUUCUUCCUGCCAUCCAGCAGCCAUGGACUCCCUCCCAGAGUAUUCUCUGUUCCUGGUUCGGAUCCUGGAAGAGUUGGACACCAAGCACACCACCAUGUCCUACCAGGACCUGUGCAAGUCUCUGUGUGCUCGCUUUGACUUGGUGCACUUGGCCAAGCUCCGCAGCCUGCUCUUCCACACAGCCUGCCUGGACCCUGCCUUCCCAGCCACCCUCUUCAAGGACAAGAUGCGCUGUUCCACUGAGGACCCGCUGUCCAAAAAGCUCAUGGUUGCAGCGGACAUUGUCACCAUGUUCAAUUUGAUCCACAUGAAUGGAGGAAUAGCCAAAGAUAAGCUUCCUAUAGUUCAAAGAGCCACGUUUCACAAGAGUCAGUCAGUGGAGUUCUGCAGGUCUGACAGUGAUCACCUUAAGUAUCAGGACUGUGACAGGGGGAUUGGUUAUGAGCACAUGGAUCACCCCAGGGAAGGGCGCCAUCACCACCACUCUCAGCAGCAUCCUGUGGCUCAGAACGCCCCUCCCUGUGCUAAUUCCUCUGAUUGCAACAGCCGGCAGCGCUUUCUUGUCUCCUCAGGACCAAACUUCCUCCUGGGCAUGAGGAAAGACAUGAAAUGUAGAGCAGGCUCUCUGGACAAGCUGCAUCAUCUGCCUCAGUACUCUAGCAGCAGUCCACCAUCACCACCUUGUGAAAUGCAGAGCACCUACUUUCCUAUGGACAUAGACACCGAGUCCACCACUGACCAGGAGUCCCUGCAGAACAUGGGACAUCCAGAGCCCUUCUCUCUUCACACUUGCAUCCAGAAGAGAAACGAUUUUAAGAAGGAUUUUCACAAUUUUGUGGCUUUUUCACCACAGGUCAUCACCAGUGAGUGCAAACAGGGCAGUAAGGCUGCUGAAGGUUACCACAAUAGGGAGUUACGUAAGCCUGCUACCUUCUUCAACCGUAGCUUCGAACUGCCCUACAGUAACCCCUACUUUGAACCGCCACUUAACUCCCCCCUACAGGACAGACGGAGGGUGAAGCACGAGAGCCUGGAUGACUUACAGGUGUCAACUUAUUUUGGUCCAACCACCGUCUCUGAGUGUGUUAGUAGCAAGAAGCACAUUAACAAAGCAGGGAAACAGCCAGUAUGGCCCAUGAAGAGCCUCAGUCUCAACGCAGAAGAGGGCCCUCCUGUUUCAGAAAGGAUUUUUCAAAGCAGCAGACCACUCAAAGAAAACCAUCAGUGUAACAUUAUUACCACUGAGAGUGAGCAAUAUUUUCACACCCCGAUGCAAAAGGUAUCAGCGUCACCUGGCUUUGCAAAGAAAAGUACUGAAAUAAAACCCAAGGAUAUAUCACUGAUGGGUAGGGGACCCGGAGGUCUGGACAAUGGAGACGUAGCCAAAAGGUUUGGGGACAAAAAUACGAAGAAUGCAUCCUUUCAAGAAGGGGAAAGCGCCUCUAGUGUUGGAACACAAACUGAGCGGAUUGAACAGAAGAAGCUGAAAGAAUACCAAUCUAAGUAUAACGACAGCGAAAGGCACGGUUUGAAACGCUCAGUUGAGGAGUGUGAGGUCAUUAGUGAUGACAUAAGUGAUAUUUUUCGUUUUCUGGAUGAUAUGAGUGUUUGUGACUCUCUGGGUGUUGUUCAGUCAUCAUGUUACAAUAGUAAUGGGUCUCUGUCUCAGGUAAAGUCAGAAGGUGACAGCUCCCCUGAAUGCAACACAGUCAUAGCCAAGUCUAAGGUAGACCGCCUGUUCCAUUCACUUGAAAACACUGAUGAUGAGCUCAAAACAAGUGUGUGUAAGCUUGUGAGGAGAAUUGGUGAGAUUGAGAAGAAGUUGGAGUCUUUCGGGGUUCGCAGUGAAAUAUCCCAGGUACUUUCCAAGCUCAACAAACUGGAUGAAAAGAUCCAGGAGCCUGGCCAAUGGGAGGCACGGGAGAAAGCAUCAUCAUCAUCAUCCAGUACUGCUCUUUCACCCCAUGUUUACCAGUGCAACACCACUGGUCACAAUGUGAAAACAGACAAUGGAUAUGUCGGAGAGUGGUGUUGCUCAGAUGGGAGUAAUAGCAACACUCUUGGGAUUAAGGCUGUGAAGAAAGGCAUGCUAUUCAGAAGGUCUUCCUGUUCACUCAACGAGGAGCCCAUGGCUACCGAGUCGAAGGUUGCUAGCAUAACCAACUCUCUACAGGACCGGGGGACUGUGUCCUACUCCUGUCACCCUGAGGACAGAGACAAGGAUAGGCAUCGGAAGGUUAAAGAGGUAUGUCGUCAAUAUGAGCUCCCCCAAGUGCAACGACUCCAAAAACAAUCAAAGGAUUCCUACCUGACUGAGCAGGUUUUUUCACCGCAUCACUUCAACCCUUCUGUCAAGGCCCAUAUGAAAGACAGCUCUCUGUACGCUGAUGUAAGGCUCACCAGUCCAUCAGCUGGGAUACGUGGCCAGCCAUCCUGGACCAUUGAGGAAUACAAACGCAAUUCAGGAAAGAAGGAAAAGCAGCUCACUGCUCUUGACCUGCAGACCCAGGAGUCGUUAAACCCCAAUAAUCUGGAGUACUGGAUGGAGGACAUCUACACCCCAGGCUAUGACUCGUUGCUCAAGAGGAAAGAGGCAGAAUUUAGGAGGGCCAAGGCGUGUAAGAUUGGAGCACUGAUUGCAGCUGCUACUUGCACUGUGAUCCUGGUUAUUGUUGUUCCAAUUUGCACCAUGAAAUCAUGAAUAAAUGAGAAAGGUGGUAGCCAUGCACAAUGGAUGUUAUACUUCUACCUGUAGGUGUUUUCUUUUUGUGGACCAGUAAGUGCAAAGCAAACUGAGUGACAGCAUGAGAAUGUACGACUUUACAUUGUUUUUUUUGUUUUUAUGGUGUUUACAUCUGGGAAUAUUGCCAAUGUAGAAAUAUUAAGGUUAUAAAAUCAGCAAGUGCAUAAUAUCUAUCUGUCUAUCUGUCUAGCUAUUAGGGGUGCAACGAUAUUCGUAUCGAUAUUGAA